AUGCGCUCCAGUCUCUCAUGCGAAUUUUGCCGACGGUCCAAGAUCAAGUGCGUCAACAGCGGAAGUCCGCCGUGCACCAAAUGCGAGAAGUCGGGAAGAUCGGAUUGCGUACUGACCAGACCCCACGUCGCGCCGAAUGGACGGGCAGCGAAACGGGCUCGAAGGGUGACGGAAGAGGCUUCAUCUGUGUCGCAUGAUCAGGAUGUCGAGUCUCAGCGACAACUUCUCUCUGCGCCCCAUUCAAGGGGCCCAGCGACGCCCUCGUCGGGCUUGGAGUAUCGAGAUGGUAGACAGGAAAUGGACCAUCAUCUCGAGCAAGUCCCAAAAGAUGUUGUCUACAUCGCUCUGGAGGCCUUCUGGCGCAAGUUUCCCGAGCUCCGAGUUAUUCACCCCUCGUCUUUUAUGAAAUCAUUUGGUUCCAAUUGCCCGAGAGAAAGCAAGGCAUUGUUGGCAACAGUUCUUGCAAUGACCAAGACGCAGAAGCCGGAUUCGGAUCGCCUGCGAUCGCAGAUCCUCUUUCCGAGCGAAAGAUAUGCGUCCUACGCGUGUGAUGUCCUGGCAGCAUGCAUACUACAACCACCAGAUGUCAAGGUCAUUCAAGCCCUGCUCAUUCUAACGUUGUAUGAAUGGGGCACGCGAGACUUUCACAAGGCCUGGAUGCAUUGUGUAGGAAUCGCAAUUCGCAUGAUGCAAUUGCUUCACAGUUCGCGGGUCGCACCCUUCCCACUCGAGAUCCCUCACCGCAGCGAACCGAAUAGCCUCACUCCCGCCAUCGAGACCAGGACAUUCUGGGCAUGUUUCAUCAUGGAUUGUAUGGUGAGCUCAGGAACAUAUAACCCGCGAGUGCUUCCUAAACAGGAGAUGGCAAAGCUAAAUGUGCCGCGGCCACCUACUUCGACCGAGUUUGCUCUAGGGCCAGGGUCGUCAUUGCAAGCUGAAGGUGCGGGGGAAAACUUCACGUCGAGUGGAACCACAACUUCGGUGUAUCUUGAUUUGGACCAGAGUUUUGGGGUCAUGGCCGACGGGUUCGACAUCUACUCUGAUAUCAUGGCCUUCGUGUUCAACGACGGACGUAAAGCGCCGGGCAUGUGCUUGCCCGAGAAUUGCCCCUGGGUUCCUACAUCACCUGUAGCAUGUUGGCGUCGGAGACUUGAGGAAUGGAGAACGAAACAGCAUCAUCGGCUACACUACCCGGUCAACAGUGUUGCUGCAUACGCCACCCUAGGCUAUGGUGAAUCUUUUGUCUACCUGAACCUACUCUAUUACCAGAGCGUUGUCAUGCUCCAGCGAGAGUACUUCCCCUUCCUGCCGACAAUUGACAUGACUCCUCGCGGACCCAUAGACCCCCCAACACUCGAGGCCGAGGCUCCUCCGGGCUGGUGGGAUCAAAGCGCGAAGGAACUUUUCGAAGCAGCAGGUCACUUGUCAAGCGUUCUUCUAGAAGCGUCAGAAUGCGGUGUCGCAGUCAUGACGCCGUUCGCCGGAUUUUGCGCUUUCUCGUCUUGCUAUAUCAAUCUCUAUGGCUUCAUGUUCCCGAGAAUCACUGCUGGGUAUGUUACCAAAGCGGAAGAGCUCAUGAACUCGAGUAUAGAAUAUCUUAACAGGUUCCGUGAGGUCUGGGACCUCGGCGACGGAUGGCUCAAGACCAUCCAGAAUGGGUCAUUGAUGUACCAAAGAGCGACAUCUGAUACCCAAAGAUAUCGCGGACGAUCUCGCUUCGACUUCAGUGUCUUGCAUCAAUCUGUCCACGAGUUUCGGGUAGUUGACAGAUCUGCCCAACAUCUAGAGGAAAUCAACAACGCUGAGCGGAGCGCCCUCAGCACGGGUGAGGGCAACAUUAUCUCAGGCGACAAGUCGAAUCAGAACACUGGCGGGCUAAACCCACAAGCCUUGAUAGAUGCUGCUGGCAGCAUGGAUGAUCAAGGGCUUUGGCCAAAUUGGUGGUCAAUGCUGGAAGAUGUCGAUGCUUCAGAGAUCUUCACGAUGGGCUAG